UUCCGGACUCUUUUAGGAGUUACACACCACACAGACACGCAUGGCAGCUGGAUGCGCCUGGAGCGGUCAGUAAUAACCAUGAAAACGAGAAAUAAACACCUUUAUUUUACUAUUUCUCUCAAUUAGCACAUUCCUGUACAUCUGCAGCGGUCUUCCUCUUCACUCCUUUCCGUGAAAAAGGGAGGAACGUCUCACAGUUUUGUCGAGUUGAGAAAUGAAAGGCACUGCCUGGUCUAAAAAAAUGUCUAAGAGGAAGGCAAAACAUGCUGGAUGGAAGCACCGAGCUCAAGCUAAAGGAGGGAAAGAGGAGGAGAAAAGUGGGGAAAAGAAAAGGAUGCAUUUCUUUCCAUGUGUGGAGAAGAAACAGAAAGAGAAGAAAAACGCACACCUGCCACCCAAAGAGGCUCAGGCCUUUUCAACCAACUGGAAAAACUUUGUUGGUCUGCUGAACUCGAAACCGACUGCAGGGACUGAAAAGAGCGCUCGGCAGAAGGAGGAACCGAAGCCCCAGUCAGCAGUGAAUAAAGACUUUCACAGUGCAGCGCAAAAAACGGACAAACACGUAAAUAAAUCUGGGCAUAAACCACCGAAGACCACCAAUAAAGCAGCCCACGAUGUGAAGACGAAGAGUCCAGAGGACGCUGGAGCCCAGCAGAACGGGAAGGGUCCUUCAGGCCCCAAACAGCAUAAAGCUGAGAAGAGGAAAGCGAGGGACAGCGGAGACGGAGAUAAGACCUGGAGAAACAAAAAGAAGAAAGCCGAAGAGACGGAAAAGCAACCGACACAGCCAGAUAUCUGGUUUGAUGAUGUCGACCCUGAUGACAUCGAGGCUGCACUGGGCUCGGAGGCUGCAGACAUCGUGAGGAAGAGGAGCGGUGUGACGAAGAGCAUUGAGGAGAGUACGGAGCAAGAGCUAGUGAAGGAGCGCUCUUACGACGGAGUGACGCACAUAGUCGCUAUGGACUGCGAGAUGGUGGGCGUGGGGCCCGGCGGAGAGGACAGCAUGCUGGCGCGCGUCUCUAUCGUCAACCGUUUCGGGAAGUGCAUCUACGACAAGUACGUCAAACCCACGGAGAAGGUCACCGACUACCGAACAGCCUUCAGCGGCAUCCGCCCUGCAGACAUCGAGAACGGAGAGGACAUCAGCACGGUCCAGAAGGAAGUGGCUGAGAUUCUGAAGGGGAGAAUAUUAGUGGGACACGCCAUUCACAAUGAUUUAAAGAUUCUGCUGUUGGAUCACCCAAAGAAGAUGAUCAGAGAUACACAGAAGUACAAAGAGUUUAAGAAGAUCACAAAGAGUUCCCGUCCUGCGCUGAGAGUUCUGAGUAAGAAGGUCCUGAAUGUGAACGUGCAGCAGGGCGAACACUCCUCUGUCCAGGAUGCCCAGGCCACUAUGCGGUUGUACACAAUGGUAAAGAAGCGGUGGGAGGCAGAGCUUAAGGCUGGAAUAAAAGCCCAGAAGAGCCCUCGCAAGGCGAAAGCUGACCUGAGAGCAGCUCCUACACAGCAUACAGUGAGUGAAGAAACACAGUCUUAGCUGACCUCAGAACAGCUUGGACACCAGAGACCAACAAAACCCAAUCGACAGUACGGAGCUGUAAAUCCUAUUCAGUGUGGGACGGAUGACAUUUUGUUGUUUAAGCAACUAACAGGAUAAGACUGACUCCACCGUGUUCCCAGUAAUGAGUGCCUUUCCCAGCCAGAGUUCCAGAACUGGGCCCGAAUGUGACGCUAAUGCCUUUCUCUUGUUCGUAUACAUCAAGUUGGUUGAGGAUCAGAAGUUUCACUCAUACCUGCCCGUCAUCUGCUCACCAUUACAUGGCCAACUGUGCGAUGUAGGAGCACACAGUGUGUGUUCCUGUGUUCCUGUGGUUGGGUUGUGUGUAAAUUUGCACGUUAGAGCUCAUUUCUCACUGUUCAGGCUCUUUUUAUAGCGAAGAUGUCACGCGCAGGACAAAGUUUGUCAGACUGAACUUUCUCUGAGGAUUGUCUCCCUCAUGUUGAAUAUGUAAUAUUAAAAGAAAUGUGAAAUCCUCA